ACCAACAAGAUCUUUCAAGUCACAAACCUCUUUAAUUUCACUUUCUCCGCCACAAAGAGCAGAAAUUAGCGUUUCCCCCCUCUUCUUUCGCCUCUAGAGACAAGGAGGAAUAGAAGAGAGGUCCUCCAUGAGAUAUCAGUCAUGGUGGAAGGUGCUGUUGGCGCCAAUUUUCUCCAAAGGGAAGAACUUAGCGGGAAAUUCUCAGUGUUUGAAGAGACGGGGUCGAGGGAGGGCAGUCAGGAUGUGUUCAAACGUGUUAACCGAGUCACCAUUGAAGCUGAUCACGGCAGAUGAACCAGUUGCGGAUGGCCUAAGAGGUCGUGACCUUGUUAACCAUGCCAUGAGAAACAUCUUUGCCACUUCCCCAGCGAAGUCGCCCAAGAAGAGGGAAGCCGACAGCCAGUCGUCUGCGCCCCAGGCUGGACUGUCCCUGCUGCCAGCUUCUCUCCUCCUGCAGAAGAGCUUUGGUCUUAUUGCCUCUGAGGCUCCUUCGGAAAAGAGGAAAAGAUCCAGGCCCUUCACAGUGUCAAUUGAAGGGAAUAUAGGAAGCGGCAAGUCCACUUUCCUUCAGUACUUUUCAGCUCAACCAGGUGUAGCUACUUAUCAGGAACCUCUGAAUCUUUGGACUAAUCUCCAUGGCCACAAUCUACUAGGGAAGCUGUAUGAAGACCCCAAACGCUGGAGUUUCCUUUUCCAGUCCUAUGUCCAGUUGACUCGAUUAAAUAUUCACCUUCAACAGUGCGACAGUCCUGUCAAGCUUAUAGAGAGAUCAUUGCAAAAUAACAGAUAUUGUUUUGUGGAAAGUGGCCAUGAUUCUGGAGAACUGCAGGGUGCAGAGUAUAGUGUACUAUGUGAAUACUACGAUUUGCUUGAGUCAAAUCUUGAUAUUGGAAUAGACUUAAUAGUAUACUUAAGAUCAACACCAGAAACCGUACACAGCAGGAUGAUAGAGCGAGGUCGUUCGGAAGAAGCAGGUGUUCCAUUGGAGUAUCUCAAGCAGAUUCACAACUACUACGAGAAUUGGUUACUAGAGCAUAAACCCCGUGCACCUCCAGCCCCAGUACUUGUAAUUGAUGCUGACAAGGACUUGGAAAAGGUCAAGGAGGAGUAUAGACAAAAAAAGGCAGUUAUUAUGGGAGAAGAACCUUUAUAAUGAAGGCUGUGAAUCAUGGUCUGCCUUUCACCCAUGUGCAUUUUUAUGAUAUAUAGAUUGUGAAGUAUUUUCUUUGAACUUACCAUCCAUCUUGCUGGUGAAAACAGUGUAUGUUUAACUACAUAUUUAAUGUGUAAAACUAGUUAAGUGUUCAUAGCAUUUAAGAUUUUAAACAUGUUUAAAAAGAGGCAGCUUUACUGCCUUAUAUAUAAGCUCCCAUUGGCAUUCAGGUAAAUUUUGUAUUGUAAGAGUAGUUCCAGUUAGUCUCUUUUUAACAUGCAAUGAGGUAACCUUUUAAUGUCAAUAUGAUGGAUGUCUACCUCAAUGUAAGGAUUGUUUUCACCACAUGCAUCUACACAUACACAGCAGCUAUAGUUACCAGAAUCAUAAUUUACAUACAACUAAUGCUUUACAGUUAAACUUCAUAUCAUAAAUAUUGGAUUUAUUUUGAUAUUCAUAUUUAAUCUGGUUUGUUCAGUGCAAUAACUAUAAAAUUUCAGGUUCUGUUUCGGUGACAAAGGCCGGGUUAUAGUUAUGAUUAAAUACAUUUUUUUCUGUAGAAGUUUUGUUUCUGACAGUCAUUCUUCAUUUACAUUAAUUUUAGUUGCUUGUUUAUACAUUAUAACUCCUAUUGUUAUAUUUCUCAACUUUCUUACCUUGUGUGAACUUAUCUGUACUUGCAUUUGUAUUAAUAUUUAACCAUAGUUUCCAUGUCCUGUAAGACCACAAUAAUACUGACAAUAGGCAUUAGAAACAUGUCUUUUUGAGUUCAGGUAGCAGUGAUUGACUAGGUUUUUUUAUCAAUAUUUUUAAGCCCAUACUUCAUUACAGGUAUCAAAUAAUUUCAAAGGAAACUAGGCAGUAGCCUGACAGCAUAUAAGUUAACCUGGGAAUAGGCAUCAGGUGACUGAUUGCAGUUCUAAAGACUCUAAAAACUGACUGUAUUUACUUUAUUUUAGGGUUGGUUUGGUAAUUAGGAAAUAAGGUUACCUGAACUACGGAUUUUGAUGAGGAUUUACUUCAAGCAAAGCUAUAUUAAGUAAAUGGUAAGGAGUCCUUGUUUUUACAUUUUAACAUUUAGUAGAAACAUUAAAGAAUAGAUCUCUUGACAGUCGGUUUGCUUUCACUUUGAUUGAAAGCAAAUAUAAUCUGCUUUAGUCAUAAAGGCAAAUUUUUAAAAGGACUUUGUUCUUAUUAAUCUGGUCAAAAGAGAUUCUUUAGUAAAUGUAUAUUAAGAUGUAUUUAUAAUGUUCAAGAAGAAAUAUAUAGUUGUUUCAUUACUUUUAUACUAAGUAUAUUUUAUAUAUAUAAAUCACUAAGUUACAUUCUAAGAAUGUAAGGAGUACAAAAA